GCAGCAGCAGCAGCAGCAGCAGCAGCAGCAGCAGCAGCAGCAGCAGCAGCAGCAGCAGCAGCAGCAGCAGCAGCAGCAGCAGCAGCAGCAGCAGCAGCAGCAGCAGCAGCAGCAGCAGCAGCAGCAGCAGCAGCAGCAGCAGCAGCAGCAGCAGCAGCAGCAGCAGCAGCAGCAGCAGCAGCAGCAGCAGCAGCAGCAGCAGCAGCAGCAGCAGCAGCAGCAGCAGCAGCAGAGCAGCAGCAGCAGCAGCAGCAGCAGCAGCAGCAGCAGCAGCAGCAGCAGCAGCAGCAGCAGCAGCAGCAGCAGCAGCAGCAGCAGCAGCAGCAGCAGCAGCAGCAGCAGCAGCAGCAGCAGCAGCAGCAGCAGCAGGCUCAAAAUAGGAGUACUGUGUGA